AUGUAUAUUAUUACCAAUACAAUUUAUUCAUUCAGUAUUCCUAAUCAAGAAACACUUAAUAAUAUUGCAAUGAACCCUUAUUCAAUUGAUGAUGCACUGUCUCGAAUUGAUGAAUAUGGAUCAAUAAAAAAAAUACAUCCCGAACGAGUCAAUCCAAUUUUUAAUGCACGUCGUUCAGAAUCAGCUGAAAAAUAUUUCGGAUGGGCUAGUAAAACAAAUCGUCCUGUGGAAUAUUUUCGUGGAAGACGUUUUUGGUUAUUCACAAAAAAAGAUGACCAAUCCCCAAACUUCGAAACAUUACCUAAUGCAGUUUCACCAUCAAAUUCAUUAAAUCAAGGUAUAUGGCGAUCAGGCAUUGUUGGACGACGACGUCGUUAG